CCAGGGGCUGCAGUGGAGGUCCCACAGCCCAGCACCGGUCCCACCCAAACGCUGCGGGCUAGCGCUUGCCCCGCGAUGGGGCCGAUAAGGUGCAGGAAGGCUGCGGGGCACGGAACGGCCUCAUCCUGCACCUCUGCCAGCGUGGCCCUGGCUGCCGGCCAGGAGUGACCUCGACUCCAGCAUGGAGCGAUCCUGCCCACCCUGUUCCCACACGGGCCAGGCCCUGGCGCAGGCUGGCAUUCCUGACACGAGGUCAGGGGCCUGCUGCCGAGCGUGACCCCCCCCCCCCCCAGCAGCCCUUUGUAGGGCUGCUGCUGUUUGGGAGGUGCUGGGUGCCCGCAGGGGCUCAGCGCCACGGGGCACUCACUCGGUAGGAGUUCACCGCCCUGGUGCUGAGCCCAGGUGUGAUCCUGGUACCGGCAUGGCCGUGCCCCUGUGAUGCUUGUCCUCCUUCCGUGUUUUUUCCUCUUGAAAUGUGAGAGCAAAGGUCGGCAAAGGCCACCAGGGAGGGUUGUGUUUGCAGAACAGAGCACGUUACUGACCCUCCGCGACUUCCUGCCACCAGGAAGUUCCUACCUUAAAAAAGAAACCAACACUUUGUCCCCAAAGGCCACAAAAGAAGGAGAGGAGCAGGGCAGUGCCCCGAAGCACCCGCCCCAGUGGCGGUGUGGCCGGGAGGGACCCCUCCUUGGAGGGAAGCCCCGGCACCCUGCCCCGCCGGCGGGGCUGCAGCCCAGCUUUCCUGGAAGGUGGCCUUUGAAACCGUGCCGGCAUUUCCUCAAAGACGCUGUGGGGGAAAGUCCCCGCAGUGCCGUUCCCAGGGCCGGGGCCAUUUCCAGGGCCUGCUGCCUCCCAUAAAACGCCGGGCGGGCGGCAGCAGGCAGCAGCUGGCACGGGCAGACGGGCACAUCACAGCAUGGGCAACUGGCUGGUCAACCACUGGUUCUCGGCCGCCGUCCUCGCAGCAUGGCUGGGCAUCAACGUCUUCCUCUUCACGUACUACUUUCUGUUCUUCGACCAGGAUGAGCGGUACUUCUACACCAGGGCCAUCCUUGGGUCUGCCUUGGCGUGGGCCCGGGCAUCGGCCAAGUGCCUCAACUUCAACAGCAUGCUGAUCCUGCUGCCCGUCUGCCGCAACCUGCUCUCCUUCCUCCGUGGGACCUGCUCGUGCUGCAGGCGAACGCUGCGGAAGCAGCUCGACCACAACCUCACCUUCCACAAGCUGGUGGCCUACGCGCUGGCCCUGUUCACAGCCGUGCACACCAUCGCCCACCUCUUCAACCUGGAGCGCUACAAUGACAGCCAGCAAGCCACCGACGGCAGCCUCGCUGCCGUCCUCUCCAAGAUGCACCUGCAGAACAGCAACAAGUGGCUGAACCCCAUCCACUCCAACCAGACGACCGUUGAGUACGUGGCCUUCACCACCAUCCCGGGGCUGACCGGGGUCAUCAUCACACUGGCGCUCAUCCUCAUGGUCACGUCCUCCACCGAGUUCAUCCGUAGGAACUACUUUGAGGUCUUCUGGUACACGCACCACCUCUUCAUCAUCUACUUUGCUGGCCUCGUCAUCCACGGCAUCGCCGGGCUGGUUCGCGGGCAGACAGAGGACAGCAUGGAGGAGGUGCACCCGCGGCGCUGUGCCGAGUACCUGGUACACAAUCACGAGGAGUGCAGGCACGAGUGCUGCAAAAACCCCGAGUUCAGCAGCAUCCCUGCAGAGUCCUGGAAAUGGGUUCUGGCCCCCGUCCUCCUCUACGUAUUUGAACGGAUCCUGCGGGUCUGGCGUGCACGGCAGAAGGUGGUCGUCACCAAGGCGGUCAUGCACCCUGCCAGAGUGCUGGAGCUGCAGAUGCAGAAGAAGGGCUUCCGCAUGGAGGUGGGACAGUACAUCUUCGUCAACUGCCCCGCCAUCUCCCUCCUGGAGUGGCACCCCUUCACCCUCACCUCGGCGCCCGAGGAGGACUUCUUCUCCAUCCACAUCCGGGCAGCCGGGGACUGGACCGAGCGCAUCAUUGACACCUUCCAGCAGCAGAAGCCGGAGAUGCCCAGGAUUGAGGUGGACGGCCCUUUCGGCACGGCCAGUGAAGACGUGUUCCGGUACGAGGUGGCCAUGCUGGUGGGAGCAGGCAUCGGUGUCACCCCCUUCGCCUCCAUCCUGAAGUCCAUCUGGUACAAGUUCCAGCAGGCUGACCAGACCCUCAAGACCAAGAAGAUCUACUUCUACUGGCUCUGCCGGGACACGGGCGCCUUCGCCUGGUUCAAUGACCUGCUCACCUCGCUGGAGCAGAAGAUGGCCGAGUCCGGCAAGGCAGACUUUCUCACCUACCGGCUCUUCCUCACCGGCUGGGACACCAGCAUCGUGAGUUGGCUGUGGGUGGGCACGACGGCAAGGCGGGGACGCCUUGUAGCUGAGCCCAGGAGGAAAGGCGGGGCGAGCGCAUUAACGGCUCGCAGAGGCACAGAGGUUUUUCCUCUCAGGCAUUUGGUGCUCCUCCAGGGGAAGGGACUCGCGGGCGGGCGGGCUGGUGGUGGCCGGGGUCCUCACCGUCCCUGCUCCGUGCAGGCCAACAACGCGGCGCUCCACUACGACACUGCCACGGACACGGUGACGGGCCUGAGACACAAAACCAUCUUUGGGCGGCCCAUGUGGAACACCGAGUUUUCAGCAGUGGCCACGGCCCACCCCAGGUCAGAGCUGGGACACGGGUGCUUGGGGUGCUGGUGUUUGGAGGUCUCCCCUCCUCCCCAGCACCCACAGCCCCUCGCUGCAUGCAGGUCGGUGGUCGGUGUCUUCCUGUGCGGGCCAGGGGCAUUGGCAAAGGACCUGCAGAAGUUCUGUCACCAGCACUCCAGCCUGGACCCCAGAAAGGUCAAAUUCUACUUCAACAAGGAGAACUUCUAAGUGGGAGCCAGGCUGGGACCGCAGCCGUUGGAGAACGGACAGCCUGCUGCUCUCGCAUCUCUUUUUGGAGCAAGUCUGCCUGACCAGGGACGAGCAUCAGCUGAAAAACACAUGCAUCGAAACCAGGCAAGACAGCAAGGCCCUCCUUCACAAGGAGAAACUCAAGGUUCAAAGACUGCUGCCUUCUUGACCCAGCCUACAAAGGGUUCCUGUGAGGGGAACGAGCCCAGCGCACGGCACAGCCCACGGGGAGACCAGAGGCACGCGUUGCGGUGGUGGCACUGGGGCAGCACAAAGGCUCAGACCAGCCAGAGGCAGGGGGGGCGCCCAGCGGGCUGGGCAGAGCGGGUGGGAGAUGGGACACGCCGAGCAGGCACCGGGGACCACGCAUGCCCCUCGGGGUUUAAACAGUCCUUUCCAUAUAAACUGGUAAAUUAAACUUGCUUUCCUUUGCAAUAAAAGGUGGUGGCUCAGUCUGUGCAGGUAAAGGGGGGCAAACAGUGGGCUCCCUUCAUACGGGGCUGCCGCAAAAAGGCGGGGUUUGUAAUAAACCCUCCGGGGUAAAGCGUAGGACGUUGGGGCUGCCUGCCUGCCGGCCCUCUUCCCGCACAGGGGCUCAGCAGUACCAGCGAGCCAAGCUUGCACCGUCCACCGGGCACAAACCGGUGCACAGACAGACUUUAAAUGCACGGGCAAAUUCUGCUCAAGCACAUGCAGAGAGGAGGGAAAAAACACCCUCCUGCAGCAGGCAGGUAUGGUAAGCGAUACAGCAAUCGGAUAUGGAGCCCUUCUGCCCUUGCUGGCGGGAACAGAAAGCUGAGCCCCGCAGCAGGGCGCUCAGCCCGUACCGUGGGACGCUCGCUGCUCUGUCCUUGGGCCCACGGGCUGCCUUCAUCAGCCAGACACCUCCUCCCUGCAGUCUGCUUGCCUGGUUCGGUGGCAAGAGUCAUCUUCCGGCAGGGAAACACAAAAUGACAGUACCUUUGCUGCAACGCAUGCACGAAGCCCUCAGGAAGGCAGACGGAAUCCGGCUCCAGCACUUGCUGCCCACGCCUGGUCUCCCAUCAGCCUCCCCAGGUGACAAUUUCAGCUUCCUGCAGGCUGCUGUGCAAGCGCCUCCCACCACACGCUGCCCCUGCUCAGUCCACCAACCUAGGAUGCUUUCUACCGUAUUCCUAGCGAACAUAUAGGAAAUCCCAAGAGUAUUUCUGGCCCUAUUGCUGGGAAAAGA